UGAUUCAACUAGUCUUAAACAUCUUUCCCUCACUUUCCUCGGUCCUCGCCUCUGUUCCAAAGAUUUUUCCCCGAGAGAAAAUUCACCACAGUGAGAGAGAAAACAUCAAAAUAUAUAAUCGUCAUCGAAUAAAAACGCGUAUAUGAGAGAUUGCGUUUACAUUUGAUAUAUAUAUAUAUUACGAAGCUGUGUUUGUUUGUUAUUGCGAUUGUGUUUGUUAGUUAGGUCAACUAUUAGGAGAGGUUAUGGGCUCCUCCUUGUCGAAUCUCAACGACGACGGUACGACGACGAAUGAUGAUUAUUCAUCAUCAUCCACGGGACCUAACCUCGGCGAUAUUCCAGAAAGCUGCAUCGCCGCCGUGUUCAUGCACCUGACUCCGCCGGAGAUUUGCAACCUCGCCGGUCUCAGCCGCUCGUUUCGCGGCGCGGCGUCGUCGGAUUCCGUGUGGGAGAAGAAGCUCCCUCCGAAUUACCAGGCUCUCCUCGAUUUGCUGCCGCCGGAGAGGUAUCUCGGUCUCUCGAAGAAGGAUGUCUUCGCCGUGCUCUCUCGUCCUAUCCCCUUUGACGAUGAUCACAAGGAGCUGUGGAUUGAUAGAGUAACGGGACGGGUUUGUAUGGCGGUUUCGGCGAGAGGGAUGGCUAUAACUGGGAUUGAAGACCGGAGAUAUUGGAAUUGGGUUCCUACUGAUGAAUCUAGGUUCCAUGUUGUAGCCUACUUACAGCAGAUUUGGUGGUUUGAAGUUGAUGGGACAGUGACAUUCCAUCUCCCACCUGGUAUCUACUCUCUAUCAUUCAGGAUCCAUCUAGGGGGAUUCGCGAAAAGGUCUGGGAGACGUGUCUGCAACUACGAACACACGCACGGCUGGGAUUUGAAGCCGGUAAGGUUUUCCCUUUCGACUUCUGAUGGUCAAGAGGCGUCGUGUGAAUAUUACUUGGAUGACGUGAAGAGAGAAGAGGCACACGGGCACCACAAGCGCGGUUUCUGGAUCGAUUACAAGGUUGGGGAGUUCCUAGUGACUGGAUCAGAACCAUCUACUGAGAUCAAGUGGUCCAUGAAACAGAUUGACUGCACCCACUCGAAAGGUGGGCUUUGCGUUGAUUCAGUUUUCAUUAGCCCCAUUGGUGAUUUGAAAGAUUGCAGAACGAAAUCUUUUUGUGAAAUAGAUUGAAGAAAGAAGAUUCUUUGAAGGUAAUUUCAUUUUUCUGGUUGUGCGUUGUAUCGAGUUUUGUUUUUUACUUCAGAUUCAUUUUGUUACAUAGUUUAGGCGAGAGAACUCUCUUUGUGCAUUCCCAUGUUUAUAAGGUUGGAUCACUAUGACUAACCAACCAAAGUUAUAUGAUAAGAUUCUGUGUAUGACCAAUUCUAUUCAUAUUUUGUCU